AGCAGCGGCAGCAGCACCAGCAGCAGCAGCAGCAGCAGCAGCAGCAGCAGCACCAGCAGCACCAGCAGCACCAGCAGCACCAGCAGCACCAGCAGCACCAGCAGCACCAGCAGCAGCAGGCGCAGCAGCAGCAGGCGCAGCGGCAGCACCAGCCGCUCAAGUCUCCCCAGCGGCCGCUGCAGCCGCUGCAGCCGCUGCAGCCUCAGGCGCGCUGCAGUCUGUGACAUGAGAUCGCCCGAGAUCGCCCGAGAUCGCCCGAGAUCGCCCGAGAUCGCCCGAGAUCGCCCGAGAUCGCCCGAGAUUGCCCGAGAUCGCCCGAGAUCGCCCGAGAUUGCUCGGGGUCGGGUGCGGCCACACGUCUAUUCCUCCACCCGCCCUACCUGGACUAUGAGCUGA